AUGCGGCGGAUCAAUACAUAAACAAAAUUUUCUGCGGCACAACGAAACGGACGCAAAACGUGCUCGAAAAUGAAACUAUUAACGUACAACUUUCUGACCUCCAAGUGCAUUCGCGGCGUGAAAGUGGGAUAUCCUCUAAAGUUGAAUAUCGUCGAAAAGAAGGAAGUGAAUGCGGAUUUCAACUCGGAAUUCAUUACCCGCAUGCUGCCAAGGCUAGAAUGGAGCGCCAUUAGUGCGGCGGCAACGAAUAUCGGUUCCGACAUUCCCAGUGCCAUGCCGGCCGACAUCCAGAACGAUAUGGAAACGCUGCAGAAGCUGCACCACAUCCUGCUCGAGGUGGACGUGGUCGAGGGUACGCUGGAGUGUCCGGAAACGGGGCGCAUUUUCCCGAUCAACAACGGCAUCCCGAACAUGCUGCUGAACGAGGAUGAAGUUUAGUGUGGGUGCGUGGGUGCAGAUGUGCCCGCAUUUUGAAGGCAUUUUAUUGAAACACUCGUCUUUGUUAUGUGGUAUUGUGUAAGUUAAAGUAAUAAUAUAAAGCAUAUAAUAAUCAACCUUCAAAACACUUCCCAUCGUAUUGUUCGCAAACCGUUUAUUGUUCAUUAUCGUAUGAAGUCUGAGUGUGUAUGUAUCGUCGAACAGCAUUUCUGCCUGUUCGACAAACAUCCAAACGCUUUGGAAGAAAGGUGUAAUAUUAAUGGUUUUUUUUCUCCUAUGAUUACAAAUAUGGUAAUGCUAAUUAACACGCUCAUGCAGUGGAUGCGUAGAAAAGGACGAAUUGGUUUUGCAGUUACAUUGUUUGCAGUAAGGUACACAGGGGUUUUGUUUUUACACCACCAAUUUGUUCGUAUCUCAAAUACCAAACUAAACAAAACCAAAAAUAAGUGAAAUCGUUACAGAAUCUACAGAAAUCUAUUGAAGGUCCAUUUAAAACUCUUUCCCCGUUAAACAAAAAUCAACAAACAUGUAUAAUUAUCGAUAAACUUAAAAACUAGAUAAAAUAUGGUAUAAAAACUUAAAUUCUAAGGAAAAACAUAGAUUCUUGCUCUGAUCUUUGGUGGAAUUUACGGCACUGUCGUCCAAAAUAUCAAAAGUACAUAAUUGUUACGUUAACCUAAACGGCAUAAUAAGAAACCCGCAAACUUUUAAUUUACACUGAUUAACCCAACGCAAGAUGUGUUGGCAUUUUCGGGGCUAAUUAGAGCAUUCUACCAUUUUACACUGGAUCUAUCAUGUAUCGCAUACAUAUGUAGGCACAAAGUAACGUGCUAUCUUGAAAAGUGAGAUUGCCUCAUUCCUCAUUACUACGCCUUCCCUUCGGUACUUGUCUUCGGAAACGUGCGGGGAAUUUAGUCUAUGCAAACAACAACUUCAUUAAUCCAUU